AGGAAGAGUUGUAUACUUGCAUUGCUAGUCUCCUAAUACUGUUUUCUCUUUUAUAAAUAUAUCCUUGUUGGUGAGAGAGGUUAAGAGAAACACAGAGGUCAAAGAGAGGGAGCUUGACUGUGAUUCAGUACCAUGGCUCUAAGAAAAAUACUCCAAAUCUUAUUGGUGCUCAUCAUACUGGUAUCAGCUCAAGGGAGUGAGUUCACUAGGGAGCCAUAUUUAAGAAAAGCCAGCAGCUUUUCAUCAGAAGCAUCACAAGCGCGCUAUGACUACAUUAUAGUGGGAGGGGGAACAGCAGGGUGUCCUUUGGCUGCUACCCUCUCUCAAAAUUACAGUGUGUUAAUUCUCGAGAGAGGAGGCUCGCCCUAUGGAAAUCUCAAUGUUUCAUAUAUGCAAAACUUCCAUAUAUCCUUAGCCGAUACCUCCCCGAGCUCUGCAGCUCAGCCGUUCAUUUCAACUGACGGGGUCAUCAACGCCCGUGCCCGUGUUUUGGGCGGCGGGACCUGCAUCAAUGCUGGCUUCUACACAAGAGCCAGCACUAGAUAUGUAAGAAAUGCUGGCUGGAACGAUGAAUUGGUGAACCAAUCUUACCCUUGGAUCGAGGACCGGAUUGUGCACAAGCCCAAACUCGCGCCGUGGCAAGCAGCAGUGAAGGACGGCCUGUUACAAGCCGGAAUAGGUCCUUUCAAUGGAUACACAUAUGACCACCUCUAUGGUACCAAGGUCGGCGGAACAAUCUUCAAUGAGCGCGGUUACCGAAGCACUGCUGCCGAUCUCCUCUCCUCAGGCAAUACCGAGAACCUCCACAUCUUGCUCCAUGCCACUGUCCAGAAAAUUCUCUUCAAACAAGCACCGGGGAGAAGACCACGCGCGAUUGGAGUUCUCUUUAAGGAUGAGAAUGGCAAGCAACACAAAGCUUUCCUCAAAUAUCGACGCGGGAGCGAAGUCAUUGUGUCGUCGGGUACUCUCGGUAGUCCUCAGCUACUGAUGCUGAGUGGCAUCGGGCCGAAAAAGGACCUAAACAAGCUGAAGAUCCCGGUGAUUCUCGAUAACUUUCACGUUGGGAAAGGGUUAUCUGACAAUCCUAUGAACACAAUCUUCAUACCGACAAAGAAACCAGUCGAGCAAUCCUUGAUCCAAACUGUCGGGAUCACCAAGAUUGGCUUGUUCAUCGAGGCGAGCAGCGGGUUCGGUCAGUCCUCUGAUAGCAUCCAAUGCCACCAUGGAAUAAUGUCUGCAGAGAUUGGGCAGCUCUCUACCCUUCCUCCAAAGGACAGAACUCUCGCAGCAUCUAAAGAAUAUGCACGAACCAAGCAUCAACUUCCCCGCGAAGUGUUUCAAGGUGGAUUCAUAUUGGGAAAAAUCGACGGUCCUCUUUCUAAAGGGAGACUGAGCCUCAUAGACUCAGACGUCGACACGACCCCAAACGUUACGUUCAACUACUUCAAGCACCCUUACGAUCUCAAACGCUGUGUUUAUGGAAUUCGCACUAUUGAACGUAUAGUGAGAACCAGCCAUAUUACUGGUUUAACCGAUGAUACUGGCUACUCGACGCAGAUGUUGCUUAAUAUGAGUGUGAAGGCCAAUGUGAACCUGAUACCGAAGCACACUAACGAUACAGCGUCCCUCGAGCAGUUCUGCAGGGAUACUGUGAUCACGAUAUGGCAUUAUCAUGGAGGAUGUCAUGUAGGGAAGGUGGUGGAUAGAGAUUAUCGGGUUAUUGGGGUUGGUGGAUUGCGGGUUAUCGAUAGCUCGACCUAUGUGGAUUCACCCGGGACAAAUCCUCAAGCAACAGUCAUGAUGAUGGGCAGAUACAUGGGGGUUAAGAUGCUGAGAGAAAGAUUGGGGAGAGGAGCAGGGGUGUAGGUGUUGCCGAUGGAGAUUUUUAGUUGUCAAGUGAAAAUAACUUUGAUUAUGCAUUAUUCUUUUUUCUUCUUCUUCUGUGUGUGAUUCAGCUUGAAGCAUAGUGAAUUUUGUGUGUUUUUGUUGGUAUCUGUUGGGGUGUCUUAAAAAUGCAAGUAGUGUAUUGUACUUUAGGUGUUGAUCGAUGAACUGUUUUGUUCUCCU